AUGAUUCGAAGCUGAGAAUCAAAAAGCAAUUAAUUCCCCGUUUUCUUCUUCUUCAUUAUCUCUCACGCUUUUUCUCUGCUUCGGGAUUUUUCUGGUUUCAUCGUUUUAUUCGCUCUCUUCAAGCGUGAAUUGUAUGGCCGCUAAUUCGAGGAGCGCAGGAGCGAUCGCCGGCUUGGGGAAACGAAUCACGAACCAGAUCUGGACCAGCGAUCCACUUCGCAACUCCGCGAUCUCUUCCUCUGCUCCCAAGUUCAGGAGGGCUGCCCACACCUCAGUGUAUGACAAGAACCCAGACGAGCAAGCUCGGCCAAGCAUAGUCCCAGAUGAGGUGAUUCAGCCUCAACCUGAUAAAUACUGGGCUCCUCAUCCUCAAACCGGCGUCUUUGGGCCGGUCACCGACCACCCUACUGCCGCUGCUGCAAAAGCAGCCAAUGGUGGCAGCUACGCGGUGGAGGAGGAGAAGGCUUGGUUCCGACCUACCAGUCUAGAGGAUUCCGAGAAGCCCCACGGGCACUAAAUAUUGGUAUUGGCAUUGGCAUUGUUGUACUCUUUUGGCCAUGGGACAUUAGACAACAAGUAGCCAAAUCAAGCCAGCCAAAGGUACUAAAUAAAUAAGAUGGUUAUUUCUGUUGUAGUAAGUAUUCGGAGUUUUGUGUCGGCUGAGGCUGAAGCAAUGCUUUGGCUGAGCUUCUUGUUAUAUGGUUUAGAAACUUUAGCAGGGCGUUGGUGUUGGAUAUUUUCUUCCUCCCGUUUGACUAUGCAUAAUGGCGUGGUUUUAUAACUAUUUCUCUAUCCAAAACUAUUUUGUUUUUUGUUA